UGGAUAGAAGAAGAGCACCGUGCUAUCUGCCCGGAUGACGACGGUACAGCACCUGGAGUGAACGUAGAAGUUCUCUCUAUGGCAUUUCUGGGGCAGGCGACUACACUUACAGCCCGCACCGCAUAAUCACGCGCCAGGCAUGGAUCCGAAUAUCCGUGCAUACAUUCUACAUCGUCCAAGUCAUUUCAGGGCUGUCACUUUUGCAGAUAAUUCAUGGACUCUAUGGGACAAUGGCAUUAGAGUGCACACAUUAGGGAACAUCAACACUUUCUAUCAUCAAGCGGUAGAACAUCACUUGGUCUGGCUCGCCCAUCAAGAACACUAUGUCGAUGUGUACCCGCAAGUUCUACAGCUGCUGGAGAGCAAUCCGGCUGAACCGCCUCGUUCCCUUGUGCAUGGCCAGGCAGAGAGCCUUCCCUGUGUAGAUCGGACGGAUUCUGCUACGGACGGUGAAGGGGCCUCCUCACAGGACGAUGACUGUGCCAUACCAUUCUACCUUGUCCGCUGGAUAGAAGAAGAGCACCGUGCCAUCUGCCCCAAGGACAACAGUACUGCACCUGGCGUGAACAUGGAAUUCCUGUCUAUGGCAUUUAUGGGUUCAUUCUCUCGGUCGGCUGUCAAUCAAACAGCAGGAGCAAAGACAACUGUGUCUAAUAUCGUUAUGGCCACCGUUAUCUUGUUCACACUUAGCUUUAUCACGCCGUUGUUUGUUAACAUUCCUCAGUGUGUUUUGUCAGCCAUUAUCAUUCAAGCUGUCCUUAGCUUGGCUUUAGAGCACUGGAAGCAGUACAUGCUUGGGAGGCACUUCAAAGUAUAUUCUGGCCAUGAGACACUUAGAUGGUUAAAGACCCAGGCCAAGAUGACACCUAAGUUAACUAGGUGGGCCGCUGAGAUAGACCAAUAUGACUUUGAGCUCAAACCGGUUAAAGGCAAGUACAAUGUAGUUGCGGAUGCUCUGAGUAGGAGAUCAGACUACUUUGGAGCCAUAGUGCACUAUCUGGACAUAGGAAAGGACCUGCAAGAGAAAGUCCGACAGGCGUAUGCGCAGGAUCCUAUCUAUAGUGAUCUCCUCAAGAGAGUUAAGGAGGCCCCAGAGACCGAACCAGACUACCGCACUACUGAAGGACCAUUGUUUGAGAAGACUAAUGUAGUAGACCGCCUGUGCAUUCCCAACAGUGAAGAGAUCCGUAGUUUGAUCUUAGGGGAAUGCCGCGACACAGAAGGACACUUCGGUUGGCAGGAGACUUUAGCCAAUCUGAUGCGUGUGUAUACCUGGCACGGAAUGAAAGCUGAUUGCAUAGAGUAUGUUCGCGGUUGCAAAGUUUGCCAGAGGAACAAGACCACUACGCGUGCCCCUCUCGGUCUUCUCAGACCCUUGCCUAUCCCAUACCAGCCAGGAGACUCAGUCUCCAUUGAUUUUAUGGAUGCCGGUGUCAAGAGUGGACAUGGCCAGAGCCAAGUCAUGGUCAUAGUUGACCGAUUUAGCAAACCUUCACUGAUGAAACGCUUUGUGGACCGAGAAGUCAGGGAGAGCGAGAGCUUUUCAAGUGGCACCACGAUCCCCCUUGCUGCCUGGUCAACGGGUCAGCGUUGCCUCGACUCCACAAUGGCAUGCGUUGAUCGUCGAAGCAACUCCUCUUUGCCUGCUGAACGAGAUGUUUGCAAGCAGAUCGACACGGUCAUUGCGCAAAGCAAAGUGCCAGGGAACCGACCGAUUCUGCGUAAUUUGGUAAUUGGCUACUUUGCCUGCCUCCUGCUGGUCAUUGGGUUGUGCCUUGUGUCACCAUCUGUCUUACACACAGGCAUUAGGCAGACGAAAACAAGUGACCAUGUCAUUCGGAUGGCCUGGGGGCAGCUUGUGCUUAGCCAGAGUGUCUGCCGGAGUGCCAAUACCAUUCUCAUGGACUGUGUCAAACAGAAGCCUUAUGCAGAUGACAUGAUCAAGCUGUCAACUCGUUAUUCUGAGUGGAAGAUUGGGCAUGACGGCCUUGCAAACGGCAAUUCCAGCCUGGGUUUGCCUGCGCCUACGUCAAACGCCAUACGCAGUCUUUAUAAUGACAUGCGUCCCAGUUUUCACGAGAUCGACGAGAGCGUGAAUGCUAUCCUUGCUUACCAGGCGGCUAACGUUUCUAACUUGACUGAUCGUUGCGACGCCACGUUCGAGACCCAGACAGCGUCGAUAAGCUCCAACCUGAGCAAUUAUACGCAGAAAAUGAAUCAAGUACUGGCGGAGUAUGAGGUCGAUCGGCAAAGGUGCAUCGAUUCGCUGAUGGUGGUGAUGUGGGUGCUUCACGCUGUGGCCAUCCUAAUUCUUCUUGUCCAAGGAGCAUUUGUCAUUCGCCCUCUUCAUGGGAGGCUGCUGCUGUUGAUCAGUGAACGUUAUGAGUUGUUGCGGAGAAGCUUUGAAGCAGAGGCAGAAAGUCGAGGUGUUUCCCUGCUUAUGGUCUCGUACGUAAGCCAUGAGUUGAGGGAGCCGCUAGACAGUGCCAUUGCGUACAUAAGAGAUGCUGCCCAUCAUCUUCUGGAUUACAUGAGGGAGUUGCCUUCCAGAGAGAUAGAUGCUGCCAUGCUGCAGGCAGACUGUAUGGCUGCCCAGGACAAGCUGAACCAAGCAAUGCAGAACUGCCAGCUCAUGAACACGGUGAUCAGUGAUGUGGCAGACAUGCGGAGACUCGAGCUGGGGAGGAUGACGCUUGCAGUCGACUACAUCAGUGUGGCCGAUGCUGUGCGGCAAGUCGUUAGGACUCUCGAGCCGAAGCUUAACGGUAACAAAAGUGUGAGGUUGACUACAGAUCUGGACUCAGCUGUAUUGUGGAGAAAGUACCUCUGUGAUCAACAUCGACUCGAGCAGGUACUUCUUAAUCUAACAAGCAAUGCAAUCAAGUUUUGUGACGAGGGAGUCGUGACGGUGCACGCUCGGCCCACAGACGAUGGACUGCGGUUUGAAGUAUCGGACACGGGCUCCGGCCUACCUGAAGAGGCAAUUCAGAAACUCUUUGACCCAUUUAUGGAAACACCGUACGACAAGAAUGCGAACAAGUCGGGGGGGACCGGAUUGGGUUUGUACAUAGUCAAGCUGCUCAUUGACCUGCAGGGAGGAUCUUAUGGUGUGUACAGCGAGCCGAGCAUCGGCACAACAUUCUGGUUUGAACUGCCAGCCCAGAAUCUUGAGAGUCGUGUUUCCAUGGAACGAAAGAGCAUGACGUUGGAGAAGCGGAGUAACGACUCUGCCAUCCACUUCAAGAUAGCAGGACCCCCUCCCCUUGAGGCUGAGGAGCAUGCAGUGGAUGUGGGAGGGGCGUUAUCGAGCGCCAGUGUGCACACGCCAUCGCUGGUGACUGUAGAGGUUGUUUCCACGCGGACGAGUCCUCUCCUAGCUGCAGGUGGAAAGGGAGGGGCUGGGCCGCCAGGCCGUGACCCAUGGGAGGCUGCGUCGCGUAGUGACUGAAACAAGUGGCUGUGGGUCUGCCAAUGCGAGAGGGAUUCCCAUGGCCAGCGAUUGUU